GUGUCGGGCACGCGCAUCCCGGUUUGUUACGUCACUUGAAGCGCCCUGGCUGGUAGAUCUGGCAAAGAGAGGGAGAAAACGACAGAAGUACUCUAAAACAGGGCUAUCAGCUCUCAAAGUGAUAACGGUCCGUCUACAACAAUAGAUACAGGCACAGCCAUCUCACCAAACCGGACUAACCUCUUGUGGAAGAAGGAAUAUAACAUGACCAGAUUAAACAGAUAAAACCAGCCACUCUUCAACACCCAGAAUCAUAUGGUGAAAAUGAAACAUCUGCAUCUUUAAAUGCUUUAAAUAAGCCAAAAGUAGAUCACAGACCCUUCAAGAUUUACAGAAAUCAACUAAUUAGUCCAUAUCAUCCUUUUCUCUUCACUUUUGCCCUUCUCCGGUCAAAAACCGGUCAAAACCGCCAUGUACGGCAGUGGCCGAUCCGUGGGCAAAGUGGAGGGCAACCACAGUGGGGGGAGCAAUCAGAGUCCUGGUCGCUCGCCCCGUCUCCCUCGCUCGCCCCGUCUGGGUCACCGCCGCACCAACAGCACAGGGGGCAGCGGAGCUGGAGCGGGAGGUCCAGGUGGUAAAACCCUUUCCAUGGAGAACAUCCAGUCUCUCAACGCUGCCUAUGCCACAUCUGGCCCCAUGUACAUGAGUGACAAUGAGGUAGUGGUGUCUGGCCCGGACCUGCCGAAGAGCACCAUGACACUGGGCCGCUCGGGAGGACGGGUGCCUUAUGGCGUCCGAACGACCGUCAUGGGAUCCAGCCCAAACAUCUCCGCCGGGGCUCCCGGCUCCGUUUCCACUGAUGCUAUCGCGUUCGGAGACCACCAUAUGCCUUCUACCCUUGCGUCCACUGUGCCUCAUUCGCUGCGCCAGGCACGGGACAACACCAUCAUGGACCUGCAGACCCAGCUCAAGGAGGUGCUUAGGGAGAACGAGCUCCUGCGGAAGGAGGUGGAUGUGAAGGAGAGCAAACUCAGCUCUUCCAUGAACUCCAUUAAGACGUUCUGGAGCCCCGAGCUGAAAAAAGAGCGUGCCCUGCGCAAGGAUGAGGCGUCGAAGAUCACUGUGUGGAAAGAGCAGUACAGAGUCAUCCAGGAGGAGAACCAGCAUAUCCAGAUGACCAUCCAGGCCCUCCAGGACGAGCUGCGGAUCCAGAGAGAUCUGAACCAGCUGUUCCAGCAGGACCCCAGCGUUCGUCCUGGCGAGCCCCUGACCGCCGAGCUGACUGAGGAGAACUUCCAGCGGCUGCACGGUGAGCAUGAGCGGCAGGCAAAGGAACUCUUCCUCCUGAGGAAGACUCUGGAGGAGAUGGAGCUGCGAAUCGACACGCAGAAACAGACACUGUGCGCCCGAGACGAAUCCAUCAAGAAGCUCCUGGAGAUGUUGCAGAGCAAAGGGCUGUCGGCCAAGGCCAACGAGGAGGACCACGAGCGGACACGGAGGUUGGCCGAUGCCGAGAUGCAUAUCCAUCACCUGGAAAGCCUUUUGGAGCAGAGAGAGAAGGAAAUAGUCUUGCUGAGGGAGGAUCUCCACCGACGAUUUGAGGGGGCUCCAGAAUCUGCCAAAACCAAGGCCCUGCAGACUGUCAUUGAGAUGAAGGAUUCUAAGAUCAGUUCUCUGGAGCGCAGUCUGAGGGACCUGGAGGACGAGAUACAGAUGCUCAAGUCAAACGGGGCUCUCAGCACAGAGGAGAGAGAGGAGGAGAUGAAACAGAUGGAGGUCUACCGCAGUCACUCCAAGUUCAUGAAGAAUAAGAUUGACCAGGUGAAGCAGAAUCUCUCCAGGAAGGACACUGAGCUCUUGGGCCUGCAGACUAAACUGGAGACGCUCACCAAUCAGUUUUCUGACAGCAAACAGCACAUCGAUGUACUCAAAGAGUCUCUCACUGCCAAGGAACAGCGUGCUGCUAUCUUGCAGACUGAGGUCGAUGCUCUGCGCUUACGUCUGGAGGAGAAGGAGGCUACGCUUAAUAAAAAGAGCAAGCAAAUACAGGAAAUGUCGGAGGAGAAGGGCACGCUGAAUGGAGAAAUUCACGACCUCAAAGACAUGCUUGACGUCAAGGAACGCAAGGUCAACGUGCUGCAGAAGAAGAUUGAGAACCUGCAGGAGCAGCUGAAGGAUAAGGAGAAGCAGAUGACCAGCCUGAAGGAGCGUGUCAGAUCCCUGCAGGCAGACACUUCAAACACGGACACGGCCCUCACCACGCUGGAGGAGGCCCUGGCUGAGAAGGAGCGUAUUAUCGAGCGUCUGAAGGAACAGAGGGAUAGAGACGAGCGAGAGAAGAGCGAAGAACUGGACAGCAGCAAGAAAGAGCUCAAAGAGCUGAAAGAGAAAGUCAGCUUACUGCAGGGAGAGCUGUCCGAUCGUGAGGGCUCUCUAUUGGACCUGAAGGAGCAUGCCUCGUCCCUGGCCUCCUCUGGACUGAAGAAGGACUCCAAGCUGAAGAGUCUCGAAAUCGCUCUUGAGCAGAAGAAAGAGGAAUGCACCAAACUUGAUAGCCAACUCAAGAAGCGCUCUGAGCUCAUGUCAGGCCAUCCCUUCAAUCUUGCUCAGUCUGUCGCGGUUGAGGCUCAGGCAAAUGCAGGACUGUCGGAGCGCAUUGGCACACUUGAGCAGGAGGUGGCGCGUUACAAGGAGGAUGCUGGGAAGGCACAGGCCGAAGUGGACCGACUCCUGGAAAUCCUCCGAGAGAUGGAGAAUGAGAAGAAUGACAAGGAUCGCAAGAUCAGCGAGCUGGAGAGGCAAAUGAAAGACCAAAGCAAGAAGGUUGCCAACCUGAAGCACAAAGAACAGGUGGAGAAGAACAAGAAUGCUCAGUUGAUGGAAGAGGCUCGUAAGCGAGAGGAUAAUAUCAAUGAGAGUUCUCAACAGAUCAAGGAUUCUCUGCAGCAGAAGGACGAGCGCAUCGAGGAGCUGGAGGAGGCCUUGCGUGAGAGCGUACAGAUCACGGCUGAGAGAGAAAUGGUGUUGGCACAAGAGGAAUCUGCUCGUGCAAACGCUGAGAAACAGAUGGCAGAGCUGUUGGCCGCCAUGGAAAAGGUGAAGCAAGAGUUGGAGUCCAUGAAGGCCAAGCUGUCGUCCACCCAGCAGUCCCUGGCGGAGAAGGAGGCUCACCUGACCACACUGAGGGCAGAGCGCAGAAAGCACCUGGAGGAAGUGCUGGAAAUGAAGUGCCACUCCUUGACGAGCUUCAUUUCCCAGAAAGCAAGCUCUGCCCUCCUCCCUCGUCUUCCUCCCUGGUUUUGUUUAGAGGCCCCAGCUGUGUUGCUUGCUGCAACUUUCCACACGUUUCCCAGGCAGGAGGCGCUGUUGGCAGCCAUCAGUGAGAAGGACGCCAACAUCGCUCUUCUAGAGCUGUCGUCCUCAAAGAAGAAGAAGACUCAAGAUGAAGUGGCUCUGCUGAAGAGGGAGAAAGACCGACUGGUACAUCAGCUCAAACAGCAGACGCAGAACCGCAUGAAGUUAAUAGCGGAUAACUAUGAGGAUGACCACCUCAAGGCCUCCAAUUCUGACCAGACCAAUCACAAACCCUCUCCAGAUCAGAUUAUCCCCCCACUCAUAGACCUCAAUCAGAACCGCAGUAAGCUGAAACUGUACAUCGGCCACCUCACAGCCCUGUGCCACGAGAGAGACCCCCACAUCCUGCAGGACCUGGCCCCACCCUCCGCAUACCACCACAGCCAACAGGACGCCUGGGAGGAGGAGCUCCAGAAGAUGAGCCCUGAACAGCUGCAAUCCGAGCUGGAGCAGUGUGAACGAGAGAGUGCCGAACUGCAGGAAUACGCAAACUCCGUCCUGCAACAGAUUGCCGAUCACUGUCCGGACAUCCUGGAGCAGGUGGUCAACGCUCUGGAGGAGUCCUGCUGACCGGACCAGAUCACGGAGCCGAGCCCUGCCUCCUCCUCCUCUUCCUGCUUCUCCUUCCCUUUCUUCUGUGUUUCACUUGAUUUCACAGGAUGCCAGCCCACAAACUCUCUCACCCUCACUCACAUGCACAAAUCAAAGGACAGACACAUACGGGAAAGACUGACAGCUCACAAGUCAAGUGCACGCUUGGAUUGGCUUCGGGGUGUGGGAAUGGUGGGCUUUCCUUCUGCCAUCCCCUACCACCACAUUCAUCCUCUCCGCACCUUCAGAAUCUUGUUUACGCUCACAUAAACAUGGGAAGGAAAAAAAUCAACAGCAUGAAAGCUUGGUAUUAUAAGACACAUUCACUCAUUUAGUUGUCUGUCUUGGAAACCCAUCCUUCAGGAGGUGAAGUUCUCUCUGUGAGGGUCAGGAAAUAGUCUCCUUAUCUUGAUAUACACUAUUGCCACAGCUUUUAAAAGCUGCAGGAUUUUGAAACCGUUUUGAAGCAAUUUAGAUUCCGUACCCCCCCCCUCCCUUUUUUCUAGAUGCUUUGUUACUGACGUUAAAUUAUGGGUCAUUUGCACAGGGCAAAACUCCUGCACUCUCGAACCAUCUGGUUUCACUCAAAAUUUGGUUAAUGCUCCGGUUGUGCCAGCAGACAGUCCGUGCGGACUUUAACAUACUUUUACUAUCGUAGUCAGUAGCGGGUUUAGAUUACUGCAACCCCCACCAUCUGGGAAUUUACUGUUGACUCGGUUACUGGCCGAUUUCCUUCUGAAGUCUCGUUCAUAAAAGUUCUGAAACGGACAAUAUGGGUAAUGUUAUCCCGCAUGCACCUGUCACCAGCUAAAGAAACCACAGACCUGGUUUGUGUCCGUUAAAGGUGAGAGGAAGAAAAUUAUUUGCCUUGGAAGUUGUAGGUUUAUUGCUGCUAACAUUUGUCUUUGCAUAUGGCAGGUUUGGUUCGGUUAUGUUUUUCUUUUUUCUAGCGGCCGGCUCUCUGAUGCUGAGGGCGGUAAAACAGAGGGUGAAUUGCCGACGCAGAUGUUGUGGACGCAGAAGUGCCUCAUCAUCAGAGAGCAGCUGCCACACAUCACUGGAAUAGGAAAAUAGGCACCUAUCACUCAUUCCGUACUUUGAAAACUAUGUUGUCUCACACUGGGAUGAAGACUGCCAGUAGUUUCUCAGUUUGCUCAGUUUUCCAAAGCAAAGGAUUGGAGACUACAGGAUUUUUCUUGAUGGAUAAGGUCAAAUAAGAGUAGCUGUUUAGAAACCCUCCUCUUUUAUUCCACUCUCUCGUUUUUGGAACAGUUGGAAGUUGUUUUUUGCGGUUGCUUUGUGAGAUAUCAUUAAGCUUUGAUCACAAGCAUCUCGCAUGUACCAUCAUGCACCUCUCUUUCUCUUUGGUUGGCUUCAUAUCAUCAUCCUCGGAGCUGGGCGUCUCUGUUAGCACAGCCGGCAGGUGUAUCCUCUUUCACUUUAUGGUUAUAUGGGUCUAUAUCCGUUGGCUUUGGGUGUCCGUUUCUGGACCGGCCACAGCAGUGAUAAGACACAACCUUAUUCAACUUGUGAUAAACCAUUGCUUUAAAGUCCAGAGUUGACUGCCCCUGUGGAUGACACUGGGUGUAACGUGCCCUCUGCUCUUUUCUCUAUAUAUCUCCUCAUCCCUCCCUCAUUCAUGCCUGUGUGUAGUUUUAUGACUCUGACCUGCUGUGCUGUGUUAGUCAUACUCCUCUCUGCACGAUAAGUCCGACAGACAAGACAAACAGCACGAGGUCACAGCGAAUAUAAUCAUCUAUCUCUCUCUCGCACGCUCUCAUAUCACUAUACCACCUCUCCUCAUGCCCAUACACACUAGUUAUGAGGGAACCUGCCACGUAUUGUUGGGCUAGAUGUUUUCUUCACCCAGAUUUGACUGACCUCUGGGUCAUACUGUGAGUCACUAAUCUAGUAGCUGUAACUAGUACUAGUAUAUUGUCCUCUAGAGAUUCAUAUUUGUUCAUCUCUGUGAAAGAUUUACUCUAAAAGAGGGUUUAAGUAGUUGGGCGAAUCUCAUAAAAACAUGGUCUGGUCACAUUGUACCCCAAAAUGAUAAGGAAAAAAUAAUAAGGAAUUAUAUGUUGUAUAAAAAGCAAGGAAACUAAAUUGUACUAUUUUCAUAAAAAAACAUAAAUUAAGUUGUAUUAUUAUUAUUGUAAUUAAUGUCUUAAUGGUAUUUCUCAUUAGAUUCUGAUUACAAAAAAUACUGUAUUACAGUUUUAAAAAAUCCUCCAAAACUCCCAAAUAAUAGUUAAAUAAGUGUAAAACAUUUUAUUUAAAUUUGCAUGAGAAUUGGUGGAAGAUAUCUUUAAUUGUCAUGAAACAUAGUAAAAUUGUCUGUUUGUUUUCUUAAAGCAAAAUAUCAUUUUCUGUUACUAUGUACUUAAGCUGUUUUGUGAGAUUCACCUUAAUGCAUUUAUAAUUAACUAGAGCUAAAUGUGGCGAUGUGUAGCCACUUUAACAACAUAUUCCCACGCUUACAUGGACAAUAACAAGAAAACGCCCGUUCGCGUGCCAUUCUCACCCUUGGCACACAGAUCUUAUUGCAGUCAUAUAUGUUGCAUAUCUGUAAAGUCUUUUAUGGUUUUAUGCUGUUAAUUGCAGCUGAUAUCCUUCCUUAUGAGGAUGAAACGUGACUAGCAGCUCUGUUGAGUUUUUAAAAUCAAACUGAUUGAUGACGCCUGUCCUGUUUUUCAUCUCUGUCGCUUUCUUCCCUUCUGCUAUCUCAUUCACGCACAAACACAGUUUUGGCCAUCACCCGUGGGUCUCUGAAAUAUGGGGCUCAGUUAUCUACACCGUGGCUGAAUCUCCCUGCUUAGACUAAACACAGACCCCUCGUGCAUGCACGCGCACACACACGCGCUCACGCACUCACUAUCACAGGCCCUCUUGCGAUUUAUGUCCUUCAGUACAGGAGCUGGCCUCUUACCGCCGCUCAGCACAGAGCACUCCAGAGAAUUCACUAAGAAAACAAAAAGAAGGAACGCUAUGAUAACUGAGAGCAGAUCAGCGAAAGAAUGACCCGGCGCUUUGCAGAGGGUGUUAUUGUGUGUUGAGUGAGUGUCUCUCUUGAGCUCUGGUAUUUAUGUGAUUGCUAGUUAUAGGCAGACCUAAUCACACAGAAGUGUAUGGAAAUUCCCUGCAGGCUUUGGAUCGCUCCGUAUGUUCAGAGGCUCCCUGUCUCAGUGAUUCCUCCCUGUGUUUUUGAGGAAUUAAGGAGAGAUCUACAUCAGCGCUCUCUGUUCAGUAGCACUUUUUAUGAAGCCUGUAUCUAGCACAGUUUUUUGAAUGCAAAUUAAUUCACAGUACCUUGUAAUACUCGCUCAGUCACCUUCAAUGACUAUAACGCAUUAUAAAACAUAACAUGAAUUUGGUGUUCAUGUGUUGUUUUUAAGGGUGUAACCAUUAGAUAAGUAUUAUAGUGUAUUAAACUCGUCAUAGUUAUUCAUAAGAACACAAAACUGAUAAUAAGUAAUUAGGAAUGCAUUGUAUAAGCUAAAUUGGGCGCUUUUUAAUCUCAGUGUUGGAGAGUGGCCCAAUUCUGUUUAUAUAAUGCAUUAUAACACCAUAAACCUGGAUUCACUCUAUAUAUAACCGUAUACAGGCUUUAUAGAGGUGUUUUAUGUUUAUUUUUGUUAUAGUGAUGGUGCAUGGCUGCUUGUAGCAUAAGCUAACUUUCCAUACCGUUUGGCUUUUUCCAUCUACCUGGCUUGAAACUGCGUUCUGCCAUGAGUGUGAAUGAGCAUGAGGUGUUGCUUCAUGUUCUAGUAUGAACAUUUUUCAUCCUCAUUAAACUCACUGAGGCAUGUCUGUGGAGGGAGAGAGAGAAAGAGCAAGCGUGGGGCGGCCAGGCUUCACAUGGGCUGUAAGGACCCGACGUAUUUUCCAGUCGCUCAUUUUGCUGUCCAGAUUUUUAAUCUAACCUAUUUUGCCCCAUUACAUGAGACAUUUAUCAUACUGUAUACUGAAAUACUUAAAUGGGUUAUUUCAGGUUAUAUGUCCCAUAAUUCUUAGCGUUAAUCGGUAGUAUUGCCAUCCAGGCUUGUUACUAAAGACCUUGACACAACUGUGAGAACACGGCCAGAGAUGUCUCAUACACACAUGCAUACAUAGAAAUCUAUAUUUAUUAAUGUUGAUGGUUGGACCUAGAUUAGUUGAACAAUUUGCACAAAUGUCUGUGGAAGAGAAUAUAUCCGUCUGAACAAAAUGGCUGUUAAAGGCUAUUAAAAAAAGAAAAGAAUGAACUAGUAACACUAACAGUUGUCUUGAAAUUAAAAUUAAAGAAGAAGCGAAACCUUUCUAAGUGUCAAAUCAAAGCUGUUAACAAAGAUUUUCAAAAUUGUUACCAUGUGGUUGAUGAUGUACUGUUGCUAUCUUUUUCUGCGUCUCGUUUGAUUUUGAUUCCAACUCAUCUUACAGUUUUGGGAUUGUUUGUUUUUGUUUUGCAGUCCUUGAUAGUGUGCGUGAUUGCAAUCUUGAAAACUACAGCGUGUUUUAUAAUACAAAACAUGUAUGUCUAUUCUUGGGCUUGGAGAAACAUCCAUGACCGUGUUUCGAGUGGACUGAAGGAUGCCAAGACCUCUGCUUGAGAACUGUGAUCCUAAUAGCACUCUGGGUUGCUGGGAAGUCAGUGUUAUUUUAGAUUAGCAUCAUUCGUGCGUUUGCAGGAGAUGAUAACCAUGUUGCGCUGACUGUUUUGGUCAGAUGAUCAGCAUCACUCGACACAAAGCCUCAUUUGUUGUUCGUAGUAAUUUAUCGCACACGUAAACACACUUAAAAAUUUUAUGGUGUCCUAAGUAGAUUGCCUAUUAAAUUGUUUACUUAUUAACUCAUCUUGAAUUGUCAUUAUUUACCCAAACGGUCCGUCAACACGUCCACAUUUUUCAUGCAUUACUUCCCUCCACUUAGUUUGAUGGACUGAGACUGUUUAAAGCAUGAAACCACAUAAAACAUCCGCUGAAGGAUUUGGCAAGUUUAUGUCUGACUUUCCGUGAAUUCGGUGCCAAACGAAGCUAGUCUGCUUUAGAAAGUGCCACAAAUAAUAACCUGCCUGUCGUUCAUCAGCAACCAAAGCCAGGUCAUGUGACCUUUUACUGUUUAUAACAAGUUUGUUUUAUAUUUAAACCUUUAAUUGACACAAUAAGAGGUCAAACCGAAACCAGGCCUGCUGUGCUUGGUUAGCUGCUGGAGUCCAGUUAGAUGAAGCACCAGAACAGACGCCUUUAUUAAGUGUAUAAUAGAACUGUUUGAGUGUCUGAGUAGAAUGAAGCAGUAUUAUUCACAAGGACCUUAUCUUCAUUUCGACUCAGAAAUGUGGUGUAUGUGGUAACGCAGUCGUUUUCUAGACUGUUAUAAAGAAAAGUGUGCCUACUUAAGAGAAAAUGUCAGGCUUGUAGUUGGCACUCCUGUUUUUUUCCUCUGGAUUUUGUCCUAAGAGAGUGUCAGACCUCAAUAUCACCCCAUCCACAUCAUGCUUUCUUGGCUCCAGCAACCCUGCCUUCUGUCACAGAAGGGUCUAUCUUUUCUAAUGAUUCAUGCUCUUUUUCUAUGCAGUACACAGAAACACUGUCAAGAAGGAUUCUCGCCCUUUCCCCUUUAAUUUAAUGAAGAAAAAUAAAUGGAAAAAUGUCAACUUUAACCCAAAGCUGGUCAUCUUUUCUUUUUUUUUUCUUUCUUAUUUUAGUAUUUUCAUGUUAUCAGAAAAGACUGCCUUAUGUUUAUUUGGAAAAGAUAAAAGAUUUCUGUAAAAAGAAAAUGAAAAGGCGUAUUGUAUUCAGCUUUUGCCUUUGUAUGUAUAUAAACUCUAUCAUUCAGUCCUU